AUGAAGUUCUUGCACCUUGCUCUUCUCCUGCUGCCGACCUGGGUAUCGGCAUACACGGAAGCCGACUAUGACAGCGGCAAAGUGCACCAGAUGAUCAUGGAUAGAAAGCAUGCAUCCUGGGAGAAGCACAGAAAGGGAGGCGAAUACAACAGCAAGAAAUGGAGAUCUUUCUUGAAACACCACAAGGACAAGGACGUCAUCAAAUGCAACUCGAAGGGACUUGCAGUUGUCGAGCCAGGCAAUCCUUCAGAGACUUUCAGAUGCAAGAAUAUCGACUACUACGACUUCAAAAGUCAUGCCGACCUUGGCUCAUUCGCUGGAGAAGGAUCUUCAUCCUGGGGCUGGGUCUCUCCCAAUGGUCGCGAGUUCGUUGCCAUUGGACAAGCCGAUGGUACUGCCUUUGCUGAAAUAAACAAGCACGGCAAGCUCGUCUACCUUGGACGUCUUCCGCAGCAGUCUGUUUUCUCCCAGUGGAGAGAGAUACGCUCGUACAAGCACUACAUGGUGAUUGGAUCUGAGGCACGCAACCACGGCAUUCAAUUCUUUGACAUGAACAAAUUGCUUGACAUUGAUCCAAGAAGUCCGAAAAACUUCAGCAUCACUGCAGAUGUCACUGGACUAUUCACCGAUCUUCCCAUCGGUCGCACUCACAAUGUGGUCGUCAACGAAGAACUUGGCUAUGCUGUCUCUGUCGGUGCCCAACCUCGCAACAGCACUUGCCGAGCUGGUCUCAUCUUCAUCGAUGUCAGCGAUAUCACCAAGCCUGUCUCUCCUGGUUGCGCAGGUCAAGAUGGCUACGUCCACGAUGCUGAGUGUCUUGUCUACCGGGGUCCUGACAAGCGCUACUUUGGUCGCGAUAUUUGCUACGGCUACAAUGAAGAUACUCUCACCAUCUAUGAUGUGACCGACAAGACCGGCGUUAACUCCUCAAAGAUCAUUUCUCGUACCCCGUAUGUCGGAGCGUCGUACUCACAUCAAGGUGCUGUUCUCGAUCGCAACUGGCAAGAAUACCUUGUUCUGGAUGAUGAACUGGACGAGGAAGACCGUGCCGGUCCUGCAGCUGACCAAUACCCUGUGACAUACAUCUUCGACAUUCGCAACUUGGAAAAGCCAGUCAAUACAGGCCACUACAAAUCCAAGCAGAAGGCCAUCGAUCACAACCAGUAUGUCCAUGAUGGUCUCGUCUUCCAAUCAAACUAUGCUGCUGGUCUUCGCGUCUAUGAUGUAAGCGGUAUUCCUGCCGAUCCGACCGGUGGAAAUGUUGAGGAAGUCGCAUACUUUGACAUCUACCCUGAGGAUGAUGCGACCGACGGGCUGGUCGACUUUGUAGGUACAUGGAGUCAUUUUGCUGGGUUUCCGUCGGGCUACAUCAUGAUCAAUACCAUCGAAAGAGGUGUCUUUGUCGUGAAGAUGAACAAAUUUGGCAAGAAGGGCCACGGAAAGUGGUGGAACAAGCCACGCAAGAACCUAUAA